AUGGCUGAGUACACCCUUCAUUACUUCGAUGUCCCUGGCGCCGCCGAACCUAUCAGGUUGGCGUUUGCCGUCUCGGGUAUUCCCUUCAAGGAUCGUCGAAUCCCUUUCGCGGAGUUCCCUGCUAUCAAGUCCGAGUUCCCACUUGGUCAAGUUCCCGUCUUGGAACUCAAGGAUGGAACCAUGAUAACUCAGGGAUACGCCAUUCUUCGCUACGUGGGAUCUUUGAACCCUUCUGCCGGCCUCUACCCUCAAUCUGACUUGAUGAAGCGUCUACGUAUUGACGAGCUUAUGGACAUGGUCAAGGAUACUCAUGUGAAGUUAGCGGCUACUAUGAAGAUGGACGAGGAGAUGAAGAUGAAAACUCGGAAGGCUCUUGCCGAAGAGGAAAUCCCUUUCGUAUUCGGGAAGUUGGAUGAGAUGAUUGGUGACAAGAAGUUCGCUACAGGUGAUGAAAUGACAAUUGCUGAUCUGUUGCUCACCAACAUGAUGGAGGUCUUCACCAGUGGUUACAUCGAUGGUUUUCCGGCGACAUUGUGCGAUCCCUAUACUAAUCUACAACGUGUCAAGUCUAACCUUUAUGCUGAUCCUAGGGUUGUGCAGUGGAAAGAAAAACGCGAAGUUGGUGCUAGUUCAUAA